UCUCAGGACCUUCAAUGGCUCCUCACCCGCCAGAGCAGCUCCUUCAUCGUUAAGCAGAAGGGCCUCGGCAAGGUCUUCUCUCGCGAGCCUAACAACCUUGCUGCCAUUCACUCGUACACUUACUCUGGCAUCGUCAACGACAAGUCCGUCGGCAUCGAGGCCGCCCCCAAGGGCCGUGGUGUCGUCGUCUCGACCCGCAAGACCAAGUCUGCCCCCAACCAGGUCGCCAACACCCGCUCCGAGUACGUCGUCAAGAAGGGUGGCUCCCGUCGCGCGGCUGGCAAGGUCGCCAACAUCGUCGCCAAGAACGGCUACAGGCCUGAUCUGAGGAAGGCUGCCGUCGCCCGCGCCUCGAUGAUCAUGCGCAGCCAGCGAUCCCGCAAGGCCCCCUACGCCAGGAAGGCCCGUGGA